AUGGGUAAUUGUUUGGAUUCAUCAGCUAAAGUAGAAAGUAGCAGCCACACUCCUCAUGCUAAUUCUGGUUCAUCAGGGUCAAGAGUAUCAUCUAGCAAGACAAGCCGUUCAACAAUACCUUCAAGCUUAAGCAUAAACUCUUACAGUAGUUUAGAGUCUUUACCCACACCGAGAACAGAAGGAGAGAUCUUGUCGUCACCAAAUCUCAAAGCUUUCACCUUUAGCGAGCUCAAGAGCGCUACUAGGAACUUUAGACCUGAUAGUCUUCUUGGUGAAGGAGGUUUUGGUUAUGUCUUUAAAGGAUGGAUCGAUGGAACAACCUUAACCGCUUCUAAACCGGGUUCUGGUAUCGUUGUAGCUGUUAAGAAGCUUAAAACUGAAGGGUUUCAAGGUCACAAAGAGUGGUUGACUGAAGUGAACUAUCUUGGUCAGCUUAGUCACCCGAAUCUUGUGAAACUUGUUGGGUACUGUGUAGAGGGUGAAGACCGGUUAUUAGUAUAUGAGUUUAUGCCAAAAGGAAGCUUGGAGAAUCAUCUCUUUAGACGUGGUGCGCAGCCACUAACAUGGGGUAUAAGGAUGAAAGUUGCAAUAGGAGCAGCUAAAGGGCUUACUUUUCUUCAUGACGCUAAAUCUCAAGUGAUUUACAGAGACUUUAAAGCUGCUAAUAUUCUACUAGAUGCUGAGUUCAACGCUAAACUUUCAGACUUCGGUUUAGCCAAAGCAGGUCCUACUGGUGACAGGACACAUGUGUCUACACAAGUCAUGGGUACUCAUGGAUAUGCAGCACCGGAAUAUGUAGCCACAGGUAGAUUAACAGCUAAGAGCGAUGUAUACAGUUUUGGUGUGGUACUACUGGAACUACUCUCAGGACGAAGAGCAGUGGACAAAUCUAAAGUGGGAGUGGAGCAGAGCCUAGUGGAUUGGGCAACACCUUAUCUAGGGGACAAGAGAAAGCUCUUUCGAAUAAUGGACACGAGAUUAGGAGGCCAGUAUCCUCAGAAAGGAGCAUACACAGCUGCUAGUCUUGCACUGCAAUGCUUAAACCCUGAUGCAAAACUCAGACCUAAAAUGUCUGAAGUUUUAGCCAAACUAGAUCAGCUUGAAUCAACAACAACUAACAAACCUGGAGGUAAUAGACAAGCUCAGAUUGAUUCUCCAAGAGGUAGUAGUAAUGGGAUUGGAACCAGACAAGGUCAGAUUAUUUCUCCCAGAGGUAGUAAUGGAAAUGGAACCAGACAAGGCCUGAUUGAUUCUCCAAGAGGUAGCAAUGGAUCUGUUGUACAAAAAUCUCCAAGGAGGUAUAGUUAUGAUAGGCCUCUCUUGCAUUUAACUCCAGUUGCUUCUCCUUUGCCUUCUCACAAUCAAUCUCCUCGUGUAAGAUAGUAUCACUGUGUAAUAAUUUUCUGUUUGUAAUGUGUGCUCUACUCUGUUUGUAAAAUAAGAAUGCAUUUGUUCACACUACAUGUGAUAUGGUGUUUGUUCUUUCUAGGCAUACAAAGCAUUUUGAAAAUUGUGUCUAGUUUUUUUGGUUUUAAAAGUGUUUGUUAAUGUAUCUAUAUUCUUACUAGAGUUGAAAUUUUGAUUUACAUAAUAACAACUAAAACUAAGGAAAUAAUUUUGC